ACUCCUCUGAGUCCACAGCAACUGCUCGACUGUUCCAGUGGUCAUGAUAUCUGCGCCAAUGGGGCCGCCUUUGCGCCCAUCUAUGCCUAUAUUGGUAAACAGGGUAUGACUUCGUUGGCAAACUAUCCCUAUUUGGCUCAGAAAGGGCGGUGCAAUCGACAGAAGGAACGGCAGGUCAUAGCGAAAAUCGGUGGCUUGAAAUGGAUCACCACUGAUGGCAAUGAGGAACGGCUGUUGAAAGCCGUGCAAAGGGACGGACCGGUGGCGGUGGCCAUACAUGCGAGCGACGCCUGGUCUCGAUAUAGUCGCGGAGUGUUUAGCGGUCCGUGCGGUGGAGGCAUCAAUCACGCCGUCCUUGUGGUCGGCUAUGGAUACGACGGACAGUCGGACAGGGAUUUCUGGAUUGUGAAGAACUCAUGGGGUGAAGGCUAUGGGGACAGGGGUUACGUGUAUAUGCAUAGGAACAGUGGGAAUGUGUGCUCUAUAGCCUCUCAUACCGUUCAGGUGUAU